AUGGACGUGCUCGGGUUGAGCGAGAAGCUCGCGAUGGAGAGCGCGGCGUCGACGAGCGGGGGGGCGAUGGAGGGAACGCUGGCGGAGGCGCUGAAGACGCUGCACCGAGCGGAGCGACUGAGGACGAGUGAAGCGUACGAUAAGGCGCGAGAGACGUACGAUGCGUGCCUGAGAGAGAUCAGUAAUGCGUGGAUGAACGGUACAGCGGAGACGUCGGCGCUGGUGGCGAGCGCGUGCGGGAUGUUGGAGGGGGCGGAGGCGACGCGCGGAGCGUGCGCCGUGGUGGCCUAUCGCGCGGCGGCGGGCGCGGCUCUGAGUGGAAGGGCGCUCGUGGCUGGUCGAACCGGGGAUUGGGUCGCAGCUCUGAGAGAUGCCGAGGCUGCGAUCGAUUGCGCGCCGGAUUACGCGCUGACGCACGCGCGUUUAGGGGAUAUCCUGCGCGAGACGCAGGUGGCGGGCGACGCCGCCGUGGAGUACGAAAAGUUCGCCGAGGCGCUCAAGGGUAAGCGCAUGAACGGGUUGAGUCGAAGCUCGGAUUUCGCCGGGGAUUCCGCAGACGAGUUGCAGAGAGUGGCGUCGGCGCACAAAUGUAUCGAGGACGAGGAUUGGGUGCGCGCGCGGCGGUCCAUGCUCUACGGCGCCGGCGUGCUCUUCACCGAGCGAGACGACGAGCGCAUCUACCGUGAUCGCCUCUUGUUCUUGGAGCGAGCGAAGACGAUCUUCGUGAUGAAUAAUGCGAAUGAAACGUCGAAAUCAUCCUCGGACCCGAAAGCGCGUGGAAAUGGCACGGGUACGUGGUUGGACAACGCUUUUUCACUCGCCGAGUUCGACAAUCUGAGUGCGUACGAUAGGGCGCACGUGUGUCUGACGCUUGGGAAUAUCUUCGGAUGGAUUGGAGACUUCGCUGGCGCCUCUGAACUGUACUCUUGCGCACUAAGCGUGAUCUCGAACACGGAGAUGUCGGAUGCCUCGGAGGCUCUGGACGAUUUGCAACCUGUUCUCGAGGCGAAUCGCGUGCUCUGCCAGUAUCGCAACAACCAGACGACGAAGGCUUGGAGGAACGUGCGCAAGCUCAUGGCUGUCGAGCAGCGCAAGACGUUUGCGCCAGGAUUUUUGCGAGUUGCCGAGAUUGCUUGCUCGAAGAAGGGGUGGGAAUCGGCGGAGCAGAGUUUCCGCAUCGCUGGACGACUCGACGCCUCAUUUCAGGUUCGUCAUAAAGUGCUUCUGUCGCAGCGCGCGGCGCUGCAGGACAAGCCAGCUGUGGUGGACGUCGAGCAAUUUGAGGAGCUGGAUAAAAUCCAAGAAGGGACGGAGAUGGAUUUCUCCGAAACGCCUAGAUUUGCUCAAACAUCCAAGCAAAACUCUCUCAACGACAAGUCGGUGGAAGAGCAUUAUGCGCUGGCCGCUGAAGAAAUAAUCAACGAGCUUCAGGAACCGAACUCUCCCGAUAGCCAUGAUACCACCGAGUCUACUCCACACAGUAAAAUUUUCACGGGGCGGACCACUCGAUCGCUUCGAAUGACGGAAGUGCUGAACGAUCUGGACGGUGGGGCAUCAAAGUCGCGAAAGCGAAAGACCCGUAGCAACACCUGUUCGUGCACUGAGAUGUUCUCCUUCCUCGGUUGGGGAAGCCUUGAUGUCAGGGAGAGUAGCGCAGAGGAAGAAGUAUUCCUAGCGUCGUUACUCGACCCGUUACCACCGCCGAUGGCGAACGAUGACGCCGAUGACAUGGAUUUGGACAGCAUCAUCGAGGCGGCGACGCCAGCGCCCAUCGAGGUGGAGGAAUCUUCUCAAAAGAGAUGA